AUGGGGAGGAUUGCAAAGGAGCCCGCGGAGCAUCACAAGGCGACUCUCUCCCCGUUUGUUAGCGAAUUCAUCGAGCGCGCCACCAAGAUCCCAUUACAUGAGCUACCCGCUCUGCUCGAUGGCUUUCCCCAGCAUUGGCCGAUGCCACGCGGCGAUCUCUACCACUGGAUCCCACUACUGAAUCGCUUCGACCACGUGCUCGAGCUCUUCAACAAGGAGUAUGGCCUCGAUGAUGGCCCGCAGACACAGCCGUUCCAACGGAGACUUCUAGAACGAGGCGAUGCAGAGGCAGAUAUGCCGUAUCCAAAGGCUGGCGCCCAGCUGCAGGAGCUUGACACUAUGGGAUACUCGGCAGAAGGAGACAGGGAGCUUGUCGAGUCGCUGCUACACUUCACUCGGAUCCUGCUGGAGCACUGUGGAAAUCGCRGCAUCUACGCUAGCAGCACGCAUCUCAGCAACCUACUCCAUACAAUUUCACUCAGCCUCCUUCGACUGUGUCUGAAGCUGGGGCUACGUUUGGCUCAGCGUUAUCAGGUGGCACGAUAUAAGAGUGGUCACCCAAGCGCUCAGCCCGCAUUGCUCGCCAAGCACUACAACUUCAACCUGGACAACCUGCAUAAGAUCGCCAUGCCCUUUCCGAAGCCUCCAAACUCGACAGCCCCGUUCGGUCAGACUCCAGGCAAGGGCAAAGACAAGUCCAGUUUGUCCUCAUCUUUCAACCCCUCCGAUCUAGUGGCCAUUGCGAAGACUCCGCUCUCAACUGCCAUGAGACAAGAGAUGUCAGCCGUUGCCUUGAGCUACUACGAACAGUCCACUGUGGUAUCGAGCACAGAUGUGAUUUUGGAAGACGCUACGCCUGUGACACCAACGCCAGCGCGCAGAACGUCCAAUCUUGGCCCGUCUAGAGAUCGACCAUCAGCCGGUGAGCGGACAAUCAGUGCUGAGGAUCUUUCAGCGACCCCUGUAAAGUCUCGGGAGGUAGACAGCGUCACCGCUUCGACUUCGCCAAGGUCCUUCCACAUCACCGCCGAGGAAGUAUURCAGGCUCCCGCCUGGUCAUUGCUUGCUAACGCUCUGCCCAAUUUGCCAACUGAGGUGCGGUAUGAGCUUUUGAACCGUGUGCGGAUAGCAAAAUCCUUUGCGACAUCAGACUCGACCAACCAGGAGCUGCUGGAGAUUCGUCUGCUUGCGAUUGCCAAUUUGGCCUUUGCAUUGAAUGAGUCCAAGUUUCAGGAAAAGGUCGGCAUACCUGAUGCAGAAGAGCCCCGCCGAUUCCAUCUGGCACAGCAGCUCUGCGAUUUGCUGCAGCCACCUUCGGCAGGCCAAGUCGCACUCACACUGCAGAUGGAGACUACUGUUGUGAUGGGCUUGGAAGCGCUGACCAAGAGCCGGCAUAAGGUGACCGAGGUCGCCGAUGCUCUUGCAAUCACUGUCAACCAUGGAGCACUAUACUAUGAGCUGCGCAAGGUCGUUGCUGCGCUCAACAUGGAAGAGAAAUCGGACAAGAAGGUCGAGGCUGAAGAGAGCGAAUGGCGCGAUGCUACAUUUGACCUCGUUAACAGCCUGCUGGGUGCCAACGCUCAGGCCCGUUAUGCGGAAAAGAUGGUCACAGCCGGCAUCAUGGCAAUCCUCGUGGAAGUUCUGAGCAUGCGGACCUCUCGCGCAGAGCGGUGCUAUGAGCGAGUACUGCAGUUCUUCGACAGCUUCAUUCACGGGAUCCCCACGGCUUUUCAAACUCUUGCUAAUGUCAACGGGCUCAACAUCAUCGCGGAUCUGACCGCCYACCAGGUGGAGGCCGCCAUCGGAAAGGUCACCAAUGGUGAGGGGCUUCCUGCCGAAUUCAAAUCCAGCGUCAACGACUACGAGAUUCCGUUCUACCACCAAUGCACGCUUCGGCAGCUCUUCAAGAACACUGUUCACAUGUUCGAGCACAAUGCGGGUACUUACGAUCGGCUGCUCAGAAAUCUCAUUGAUACGCCUCAAAUCCUCGGUGCACUUGGUAAAGUCAUGGCCAAAGCUGAGACGUUUGGCUCAAAUGUGUGGAGCGGAGCUCUGAACAUCAUCACAAGCUUCAUUCACAACGAACCGACUUCCUACCAAGUUAUUGGCGAAGCGGGUCUUGCAUCGGCAUUUUUCGAGGCAAUCACAGGUACGAAGGUCCCUGAUGAGCUGCCUGCUCUCGACAGCUUCAAGCCGCUCGCGCAAGUCCAGCACUUUGAGACGACCGAUGAUGGUGAGCCCGUGUAUCCCAACAUCGAUGGCAUUCUUCCCGUCGCCGAAGUCAUGUCGGACGUCCCAAAUGCGUUUGGCGCUUUCUGCCUCAACGAGUCUGGCAUGCAGCUUUUCCAAGCAUCCGGUGCUUUGGUAAAAUACUUUGAUGUCUUCUUGUCCCCGAAGCAUAUGCAGGCUAUUGAGGACGAGGAUCAUGCUGCCAUGAUUGGACAGCAAUUCGAUGAACUGUCACGCCAUCACCCUCGCCUGAAAGAUCACAUCAUGGCGGCGGUGUUCAACAUGCUCAGGCGUCUCAAGGAGCUUUGCGUAAUUCUGGCAGCCCAGCAACACUCCGGCGCGAAACUUUGGGAAGUCAAAGAGGACGAAAGUGUCAUUGCUGGUGGUCUCGAUGCUCUGCGUGGUCCCUCUACAGCAGACUACAACGGUGCGUUCGGCUCUGUAAAGACUUCUGCCCGGAACCAGGAUGCUGCGGAGGACGACCAAGAACGUGCCCCCACCGUGCCAUAUCUGAGCGUAUGCUUCAAGUUCUUGGAAGGAUUCUUCCAUAACAACAGMAUGACUGCCCUGUUCUGCGAAGAGUCUGGCAUUGACUUGAUUCUCGAUCUUGCACUGUCUCCAGGUAACCCGCACGACAUGGUCGCCUUUCCUGUCUUCAGCAAGAUCACCCAAGUAAUCAAGCUCAUGGGAGAAGCGAGGCCACACCUGGUGCUCCCAAGCGUGGUGAAGCGUACGCAGUCCACAUUCCUCAGCCUAACGGAGUUGAUGGGAAGCGAGGACAGAGUCAGCUCUUUCAUCCAAUACACCAACUUCUCAGAGCCGCCAAUCGACACUCCCACGACACGGGGCACAGACGGCACCACUACUGUCAAGCACCUCGCCCACGCACAGAUACUCGCGCAUCUACUUGGUCGCACGCUGGCGCCGCCGCCGUACAGCGUGCGGCAUGGGAGCCAGAAUAAUGGACUCUUUGCCAGCAUCAACCUCACAGACGUGUACAUUCAGCUCAUCCAAAGCAUCAGCAAGCUACAUGCCACAUGUAUCUGGGAGAACCUCCUCCUUCAGCGAGACCUGUCUGACAAGGUCAAGACAUUGACAGAGCCACGCCCGUACAUCGCGCGUCGCAUUGACAAGAACGGCGUUGUGAAGGUGUCCCCAGACAAAUCUCCGAGUGCAGUCAAACAAGCCGAGGCCGAGGGUGAAAAGCCUGAAAACGGAAGCAGGAGAGAGAAGCUCGCGCUCAAGAACAUCAAGACUCUUCGCUAUCUGUUGAGCCAGGUGCCUGCGGGGAUGGAGGCUGUGUUUCACUCUCUUGCUCAAGCAAUCGUGACCAAGCGCAUCGAUCCUUCUACGAAACAGCACUCCAUUCACGUUGCCGAGUGUCUGGCAAAGGCCUUGCUUUGGGAGCUUGACUUCCGCCGCAACCAUGAGUCUGACGAUGCGACCGAGACCAAAUACGUUGCCCAUAUUCUCGGAUACCUCAGUCGAACGCUGCUGCGCAACUCUCACACCAUGGAGGCAUACCACACCAACACCAAGGAAGCGCUGACCCUGCUGUUGUCCAAGUUCUACAUUGCGGACGGCUUCACAAAGUUGAACGGCUACCUCGAGCGCUUUAGCAAUAUGAUCUCGAGCCAAGACCAGGACAAGAUUUUGCCGCAAACAAAAGAUGCAGUCCACGCCAUCUUGUCCUUUUACAGCCACGUUGUGAGACACAAAUGCAUCAACGAAGCUACGCAGUCGCAAAUCAUCCAGACGAGGGAUCGAAACCAGGCAGAAUUCUUCAUUCCUGGACAAUUCUUGGUUGAGAUCAGAGAGGCGGUACUGCCUGCCAUCAGUCGCAUUUGGCAUUCCAGGGACAUCGAUAAGUUCACAGAUGUGAACACGAAAUCUAUCGUGGAAAUACUUCGUCACAUCCUGAAGGCGGAGGGUGAAGAUCGUGCAUUGAAGCGAAGCGACAAGGCCAGUCGGCGCGUACAGCUGCACAAACCAGAGUUCAAGCUCACAAGCUCAGCCGGACUGACUGCACUCCGGGCAAAGGGCUUUGGGGCUGCACUCAGCAGGGAGGCUCUAUACCGAUGCAACAAUUCCGAGGCCAACGCCGAGGCUUACUGUAGGCUGCGACUGAARGACAGCCAUGUACCGCGAUUCCCAAUCCCCGAAGGCGAGCCCGCCGAAGGUGAUAACGACGACUCAGCUCCGGCCGCGGAGACGAUUGACGCGGACGCACACAUGACGUCCGGAGCCGCCGACGAGACUGAGGAGGCUGACCUACACCGCACCGUUGCUCCGACUCUCACGAUCGAUGCCGAUGGCAACCCGCGGAUAGUCCACCCCAGAGGCGGAAGCAACGAAAUCACGUCGGAUGAUGACAAUCUGGGCACACUCGGAGCGAUCCCAGAUGACGUCAGAAACGACAUGCUGGCAAUGACAGAUCCACGCUCUCGCGACAUUCUCGCGUCACUGAGCUUGGGGCAGACCAAGGACACCCAAGUGUUGUUCAGGACUGUCGAUGAUCUGAACGACAGUCGCGACGCUCUUCGUGAGGAUCUCGUCGACCGGUGCCUCGACGUUUUGAGUGCGCAGCCCACAAUAACAUUCGAGCUUGCAGACCUCAUUCAGGCAGCGGUGGCAAAAGCCGGCGAAGGUGCAAACCCUCGCGCGGAGAUUGGUUCAACUCUGGUACAAUCCUUGAUGUCUUUGAAGCAAUCCGAAGAGCCGACAAGCAAAGAACUGGCGACCAAGAUUCAAGCUUACGCUCAUCUUGUGGCGCUCAUCCUCCAAGAUCGUGACUUCUUCGACUCCACUUUGGACGACUUGAAGGAGUACUUCAGCGACUUGGUCGAUUGGGUACAUCUGGAGCCAGAUCAAAAGGCGGAAGAUGCACCAUGGAUUCGCACCGUCUUGCUCAUCAUCGAGCGUGUCCUUGCCGAAGAUGAGCAGCCCGUCGAGGUGGAAUGGGUCCCACCCCCAACAGACGAUCCUCUGAAGCCGCUGCCGGUACCUGAAGUUGCCGAGCCUGUGGUAUCAAAAGAGCAUCGAUCUCGUCUCUUUGACGCUCUGAUUGGCAUUUUGCACAAGGUCGGCAAGAACCCCACUCUCGCUUUGUCCAUCUGUCGUGUGCUGGUUGUGCUCACACGCCGGCGUGAUCUUGCUACACGUUUGAGUGAGAAGUAUACCCUUGGACGACUUUUCCUGAUGAUUCGCCAGUUGGCGGGUUCCGUCGAUGAAAAGCUACAAGGCUCAUUCAUGCUCAUCCUGCGACACAUGGUGGAGGAUGACGAGGUGGUUCGCCAGAUCAUGCGGGCGGAGAUUAAAGCUGUCUUUGAGAAUCAUCGUUCAUCCCGGGCCAUGGACACUACCCUCUACAUUCGCAACCUCCAUCACCUGGCUUUGCGCAGCCCUACCAUUUUUGUCGAAGUUACACAGGAGCUUCUUGAGGUCGCCAACUUUGACGGCCAUCCACAUCGUGCACAGGCACUGACCCUGAAGAAGACCGUCGACCCACCCGCAGAAGACAAGACGGGUCCUAUUGUUGAGGCUGCAGGGUCUGCAGUUGAUGCAGAUGUCGACACCGAGAAGCUGGUGGAAUCCAAGCUCGCGGCGGUUGAUACCACCGAUGGCGUGGUCCAGUUCCUGCUCAGGGAGCUUUCCAACUUCAAGGAUGUUGAGGACAAGCCCGUUCAAGCUCCAAAGGACGACCAACCUGAGAGGGCUGCCAUGGACGACUUUUCUCCUGACGUUGAGAUGCCCGACGCCGUGGCACCUGUCGCUGGUGCCCCACCGACGACUUCCACUACCGAGGCGAAGGCCGGCAGCAWGCCGCCAUUCAAACCAGAGGAGCACGUGAUUUACAUCUAUCGCUGCUUUGUCUUGCAAUGCCUCGCCGAGCUUCUUGCCUGCUAUAACCGCACCAAGGUUGAGUUUAUCAACUUCUCACGGAAAUCAGACAGCAAUCCUGCCACACCUUCCAAGCCUCGCUCUGGCACUUUGAAUUACUUGCUGAACACGCUUCUGCCUCCUGGGACUUUGGAGCACCGUGACGAUGUCGCACAUCGUAAAAAGGUCGCGACCUCCAAUUGGGCGACUCAAGUUCUGGUUUCGUUGUGCACAAAGACGCAAGAAAACCACCUCGGCCACGGACAGGCGACAGAUUCAAGCGACUUUUCCGCCAAGGAGCCUGAGCUCACUUUUGUGCGCAAAUUCGUGCUCGAGMACGCCCUGCGGUCCUUCAAAGAUGCGACCUCUUCCGCGGAGCCUCUGGACCAACGCUAUUCACGGCUCCUCGUGUUGGGUGAGCUCUUCAACAAGAUGCUCAGUGGUAAACUUGAGAUUCAGCGAUCAGGUGCCGUACCAACCGGUCACUUUUCUUCCCAUCAGCACAUGGGCAGAUUGAUGUACGAGAAGAACUUCAUCGGCACCCUGACCUCUGCCAUUGCUGAAUUGGAUUUGAACUUCCCCAACGCGAAGCGCGCCGUUAAGUACAUUCUUGGUCCACUCAAGCAAUUGACCGAUCUCGGCGUUUUGCUCAGCCAAACCACGGACCUUUCUUCAUCCAGUGGACCCGGAACAAGCGCUGAUGAGGACGACAUCUCCUCUGCGACGUCUGUUUCGGAGGAUGACGAUGACCGUGAGCAAACACCCGACCUCUUCCGGGGCUCCUCUCUUGCCAUGUUCGAGACAGGCCAAGAGGACGACGAAUCUGAAGAUGAUGAUGAUGAGGACGAGGGUAACGAAAUGUACGAGGACGGCUACGAGGACGAGAUGGACUAUGAGGAGGAGCCUGCUCCCGAUCACGGCGAAGUUGUAAGCGAUGACGACGAUGACUUGCACGGCAUGGGCGAGAUCGAAGGCGUUCCAGGUGAUGUUGAAAUGGACGUUGAUGUUAUGAUGGAAGACGGUGAGGAGGACUCGGACGACACAUCUGACGACGACGACGAAGAUGAUGACGACGACGACGAUGAUGAAGAUGACGAUGACCCAGAUGGAGAAAUCGAAUUCGCAGAUCAUAUGGAUGAGAUCACCGGCGAUGAUGACAACGCCAGCUUGGAUGAGCACGAUCACGAGGGCGAUUGGGAAGACGAAGAUGCCGACGACUUUGAAGACCGUGUCGAAAUUCAUGACGGCGGCUCUCCUCACGGCGGUCCGCUAGAACACAUCGCUCAUGUCCUUGGUGCAGACGAUCCGUCCGAGGCGGGCGAUCAUGAUGGCAUCGUGCGCAUUGACAUGGACGCUGGAGAAGACGAGUUUUUCGAAGAUGAAAUGGCGCCUGAAGGCGACGAAGAUGAAGACGGGGAGGAAUACGGCGCCGACAUCGUCUACGAGCCCGAGAUGGAGGACGAUGAUGAUGAAGAUCAGGAUGGCGGGUGGGCCGCAUGGGAAACCCAACCUCCCCCUGCAGCGAUCCUGCGUGGUCAUCAUCAUCACCACCAUGCCCCACGGGUAUUCGAGCAGAUGUUGGGUGGAAUGAUGGGUGAUCCACUGCGUCCUGGGCACUUCCGGACCCAUCGCGCAACUCCAAACUCACGAGACGAGGACGGCAUCAACCCACUCCUUCAGCGGGACGGAGGAGCUGGCAGCGCAAACCGCGAACGCGAGCUCGAGGCCCUUGGCGGCUAUCGCAUGCCAGGCCGGCGAGCAUACUUGCCCCGAUCCAACGACCAUGCUUUCCUCGAACUCCUCGAACACCAUGUCGCUACCGUGCCUGCGACAGGCGCACCUGGUAUCAUCAACGUUAAUCUGGGUGAAGGGGGGCUUCCCGGUCUAUCUGCUCUACCCUCCAUGUUUCGCAUUGAAGGCAGACACGCUAUCAACGCGCCGUGGUUCGAGCUUGAUCACAGCAGGCCGCUGCGCGAGCAAAUGACCAUGGGACGAUGGGGAGACAUGGUGCUCAGUGGACGGCCAACAGAUCGAGCCAAUCCCCACAACGAUGAGGCGUCCGCUGUCGAAUUUCGACCUUCGCAGACUAGCCUCCGCUGGCAGGAAGAGGCACGCAUGCUGUUUGGAGGCAAAUUUCAAGACAAAGCCACCCGCGUCCUCAACAUGCUAUUCCGCGUUUUGCUGCCUCAGGCAAUGGAAGCUAAGAGAAUUCAGGAGGAGAAGAAUGCGGAAGCAGCGUUGGAAGCGACCAGGAUAGCCGUGGCGCGACAGAAGGAGAUUGAGGCGGAACAGAAGGAGCUGAAGGAGCGAGAAGCACAGAAGCAAGCAGAGGCCGAGGCACUCGCGGCGCAACAAGCUGCAGAGGCUGCGGAGGCUGCGGAGGCCGCGGAGGCUGCGGGUGCUGCGGAGGCUGCUCUGACUGGAUUGGGUGCUGUCGAGACAUCAGAGAUGGAAGGUGUGGUGUCAGCCCCGGAGAGCGGCUCUGCUGAAGCACCGGCUCCAGAGGAGCCAAAUGCGGAGAGAAUUACCAUCAAUUUCCGUGGACGAGAACUCGACAUCACCAGCCUGGGUAUCGACCGCGAGUACAUUGAGGCGCUCCCGGAAGAGAUGCGAGAAGAGGUCAUCAUGACUCAAUUCGCAACGCAGCGGAGCCAAGCAGCAGCGUCCGAGACACCCAGUGAGAUCAGUCGGGAGUUCCUCGAUGCUCUACCUCAGGAGAUGCAGCGUGAACUUCUGCGUCAAGAGCAGAAUGAACGCCGCAGAGCGCGCAACGAAACUCAACGACGUGCUGCCGCUCAAGAGGGAAGUGCUGCGGCUCCACUUGCGCCGCCAGAAGAGAUGAACAAUGCCGACUUUAUGGCGAUGCUCGAUCCUGCACUCCGACAAGCCGUGUUGAUGGACACGGAUGAAGCCACUCUGGCUACUCUACCAGAUGAACUCCAAGCAGAAGCUCGUGCGUUACUCGGCGAUCGCCGGGCAGCACGUCCUGAUCAACAAAAUCGACUCGCACGAGGCAUGGAAGCUGCAACCGCUCGCAUCUUGGGCGGCCAACCUCCAGCUCCGCGCGAUGAUGGAGAGACUCGCGAGGUCAGCAGACAACGUCGCCCAAUCGUUCAAAUGCUCGACAAGGCUGGUAUUGCAACUCUACUGCGCCUCAUGUUUGUGUCGUUGAACUCCAAGCCCCGGACAAAUCUACACGGAAUUCUUUCCGACGUCUGCAAAAACACACAAAACCGCUCAGAGGUCAUCAGCAUUCUCUUGUCCAUACUUCAAGAUGGGACGGCCGAUGUAAAUGCUGUUGAGCGGAGCUUCGCACAGCUGUCACUGAGAGCCAAGCAGCCAUCGGGGCCCAAGACACCGCAAACUCUGAAACGUACUCUCACCGGCCAACAGAGUAUCACUUCAAGCACCGAGCUCUCCCCACUUAACAUCGUUUCACAAUGCUUGGGCACGCUGAAUUCCCUCGCGAAUGACAACCCUCGAGUGCCCUCGUUCUUCCUGAAUGAGCAUGAGACUAUUGUGAGCCAAAAGCCCAAGACUGCAAAGAAAGGCAAGGGACGUGAGAGCAAAGCUGCGAAAUUCCCGCUCAACGCUCUUCUGACCCUGCUGGAUCGAAAGCUCAUCACCGAGAACACCACCGUGAUGGAGACUUUGGCAUCACUUCUGAGCAGCGUCACACACCCUCUGACUAUAUUGCUGCGACGUGCAAAGGAAGCUCAGGAUGUUGAAAAGGCUGGGAUUGAGAAGGCCGGGGUUGRGAAGGCCACACAAACAACUGCGCGUCCUCAAACUGCCACUUCAGACGUUCCAAUGGAAGACACCUCCCCCGCAGAACAGCCAGGUGAUGGCAAUGUUGGAUCUGCAUCCGCUGAUGCAGAGCCUGACGCUGUCAAAGACACCAAUGUCCCCGAGGCGAAGAAGAAGAAGAAUCGUGAUCUCACGCCACCCGAGGUGCCAGAGGAGAACAUUCGUUUGGUUGUCAAUAUUCUUGCAGCCCGCGAAUGUCCAAGCAAAACGUUCAGCGACACACUGGACAUUAUCAAGAAUUUGUCCGCCAUUCCCGGUGCAAAAGAGGUGUUUGGCCGUGAACUUAUCCGUCAGGCGCAAGAACUUGGACAAGCAUUGCUGGAGGAUCUCGAAGAACUCUCCAACCAGAUCAAAUCCGCCGAGACGGGCACCGAGCUUCAAGGUAUGGCCCUCGCAAGCUUCUCCUCCGCUGGAUCCAAGCAAAGCAAGCUGCUCCGCGUAUUGGUGGCACUUGAUCACCUCUUCGACCCUAAGCGCAUGCCCGCAUCUCCUACCGGGGAGCAGAAGCUCAAGGAAGACAUUUUGGCCUCUCUCUACGACAGCAACAAGUUCGACAAGCUUUGGAACAGUCUCAGCGUCUGCCUGACUGCGAUUCGCGAGCGCGGCAACAUGGUGAAUGUGGCAACCAUCCUACUGCCACUGAUUGAAUCCUUGAUGGUUGUGUGUCGGAACAGCAGCCUCAAGCAACCAGGAGCACCCACAAUGGAUGCCGUCAUCGGCUCGCCUGCACCAGAGUCACGCAUCGGAGGCUUGUUCUUCARCUUCACCGAUGAGCAUCGCAAGAUCCUCAACGAGCUGAUUCGCAACAACCCCAAGCUCAUGAACGGCAACCUCGCCGUUCUUGCCAAGAACUCCAAGGUGCUUGAGUUUGACAACAAGCGGAGCUACUUCAGUCGCAAGCUGCACGACCGUCGCUCCGAGGCACGCGUCGCACAUCCAACAUUACAAUUGAGCCUGCGUCGCUCCGAGGUCUUCCUCGACUCAUUCAAGUCUCUGUAUUACAAGACUGCGAACGAGAUCAAAUACGGCAAGCUGAACAUUCGCUUCCACAACGAAGAGGGUGUUGACGCAGGCGGUGUUUCGCGAGAAUGGUUUGCAGCAAUGGCGAGGCAGAUGUUUGAUGCCAAUUACGCUCUCUUCACCCCGGUGGCAUCCGACCGCACAACGUUCCACCCCAACACGAUGAGUGGAAUCAACGGCGAGCAUUUGAUGUUCUUCAAGUUCGUCGGUCGCAUCAUCGGAAAAGCACUGUACGAGAACCGUGUUCUGGACUGCCACUUCAGCAGAGCCGUUUACCGACGCAUUCUCGGCAAGUCCGUUUCUCUCAAGGAUAUGGAGUCUCUUGACCUCGAUUACUACAAAUCUCUUGUAUGGAUUCUGGAGAAUGACAUCACAGAUGUCACCUUUGACACGUUUUCUACCGACGUGGACAAGUUCGGCUUGAAGGAGACGAUUGAUUUGAUUCCAAAUGGUCGCAACAUCCCUGUAACAGAGGAGAACAAGCACGAAUACGUUCGGCAUGUGGUCGACUAUCGUCUCGUCACCUCGGUCAAAGAUCAGCUCGACAACUUCUUGGAAGGCUUCCACGAAAUCAUCCCGAUCGAGCUUGUGUCAAUCUUCAACGAACAGGAGCUGGAACUUCUCAUCUCCGGUCUGCCUGAAAUUGACGUGGAUGACUGGAAGAACAACACCGAGUACACAAACUACCAGCCCACCUCACCACAGAUUAUGUGGUUCUGGCGAGCUGUCAAGAGUUUCGACAAGGAGGAGAAGGCCAAGCUUCUUCAGUUCAUCACCGGCACCAGCAAAGUACCGCUCAACGGCUUCAAGGAGCUGGAAGGCAUGAAUGGCUUCUCCAAGUUCAGCAUUCACCGUGAUUAUGGCAACAAGGACAGGUUGCCGUCCAGUCACACGUGCUUCAAUCAGCUCGACCUUCCCGAGUACGAGAGUUAUGAGGCUCUCCGACACCAGUUGUACCUUGCCAUUACGGCAGGCAGCGAGUAUUUUGGUUUUGCUUAG